UCUCGUUUCCUUGGAAGCAUCCAAACAAAAUAAUCAAUUCCCGCUUCCUAACGUUCAGUUUGCAACACGUGAUGACAGAUCCGUGUAAAGAAAGACAGCUCCGAGUUAUCGACAACGACCUUAUAGAGAAAUGUAUAGAUUUGCAAUAUCCAAAAGGCGAGGUGGGCCGCCUUUUACGCGAAAAAGGCAUCUCCAUGGACGAAGUUAAACAAAUUCGAUUUGAAUACUUAAACAUUCUAAAAAUAGAUCACCUGUGGAUACUAAAAACCUUAACCAAAUUAGGGCUCAACAACAAUCUGAUCGAAAAAAUUGAGAACUUGGAUAGCCUGGUACAUUUGAAAGAACUAGAUCUCUCGUUUAACAAUAUUAAAAAAAUUGAAAAUUUAGAUGCUUUAAUCAAUCUUGAAAAGAUAAAUUUCUACGAAAAUUUAAUCGAAAUCGUGGAGAACAUGGAAAAACAAACAAAGCUCGCCAUUUUCAGCAUAGGAAAAAAUAAAUUAGUUGACAAGAGCAACGUAAAUUACUUUAGAAAAUUUCCAAAUCUCAUAUCGCUGAAUAUGGCAGAAAAUCCAUGCACCCACGACCAACAAUUUAGAUGCUAUGUGGCUGCCUAUUUGCCGAACCUGGUAUAUUACGAAUAUCGCAGAAUCACUGACGAAGAAAGGAACUUGGGAAAUGAAAUAUUUGAAGAGUCUCUUCGAACGCUUCAGAAAGAAGAAGCCAAAGAAUACGAGAGAAAAUCUGCCUUGCAAAAAAAAAUGGCAGAUACAGAGAUGCAUUGCAAAAUGUUCGUCGAUGGUUUGGAUGCCGACCAACUCUUCGAAGAAAUGUUUGAACAUGAUCCGGAAGGAAAAGCACUUCUUGAAAUUGGCGAAGACGCUACCGAACUCUACGAAGAAUAUAAGAGUCAAUUUGUUAACUUGUGCAAAACAAUUUUUGAAAUUGGCGAAAAAUAUUACAACUUACGUCAAACAGAAAUGGACGAAUUUACCAGAUGCAUUGAAAAUGCCAAAAGGGACAAUAAGGAAAGGAGUAUCGAAAUCAUGGAAUUAUUUUUAGAAAAAAAAACUGAAUUGUUCAACGAGGUUAAAAAAUACCAAGUUCAACUGGACCACGACGCCAUCACGGAGGACCAAUACAAGGAAAAGGUCGAGCAGUGCCAAAAAAAUUACGAUACCAAAAUCCAUUUCACAUGGAAAAAAUUAAUGACCUUGGAAAUGACACUUUUUGAACAGAUUGAAGAAGUCAAUCAACUGUUUGAACAAAAUAUGACCGAAAUAAUUAAUAAUUUAAUUGAAGCAGUGCAGGCCAUAUUUACAAAUCUGAGAGCCACUGAAGUGUCAUACGCAGAAAAUAUUCAUGAUGCAGCCACAAGAUAUCUGGCUAUUGUGAGUUUAAAUGCGGAUGAAACACUAUCUAAAUUAUUAAAAAAUAUAAUGACUGACAGAGAUUCAGUGAACAAUGCCAUGGCCGCUACACAUGAUGUACAUAUGCAGAUUAUCGACGGCAGAGAAGACAGAAUGGUGAAUACAGCGAAAAGAUGGUUUAAGACCGAAAUGGAAACUCUAGCCAACAAUGCAAUAAUCAGAAACAGACAUAAACUGCUGGAAAUCAACCAUUUUCUUGACAUACAAAGAGAGGAGUUCGAAGACUUAGCAACAACAACAACGGAAAUCAAUAAUGAGGAACUUGAAAUUUAGUACCAUCAAAUAAAG